UUUACAUCCUUUUCCUAUUUAACUAUAUAAUCCUUAGCUAAGAGAAACUCAGGAAUCCACUAGAAAAUCUAAAACCUAAAUCACAGUAAAUCUUCAGCCACAGGUUUCUCUGAAAUUUUCUCUAUAGCUUGAUCUCCACGCUACCUAAACCCUUUCCUUUCACCAACGAUCAUACGCAAGCGAUGGAAUCAGCAGCAGCGCAGAGACUCUACUCUGUUCUCACGAGAACAGAAGUUCGUGACAAGAUGAUGAAAGAGAUCGUCCAGAUCUCAGAAGUCUUCUCGCUGUCUCAAUCCGAUGCCACCGUAGCCUUAAUCCAUCUAGGUUGGGACUCGUUCAAGGCUUCGGAUCUUUUGGGAGACAACAAGGAGAGGUUUCUUUCGAAACUAGGGUUGGUUGGUGACGGAGAUAAUGAUAAUCUUGUCUCUUCCACUCCCUUGUGCUCACACAAGUUUUGUUCUGAUUGCUGGAGAGAUCAUCUCAGCGAGGCUCUCGAGGAGGAGAAGGAGAUGAUGAUCUCUUGUGUUGUUGCAUCGGUUGGACCGGAUACGGAGCCGGUUAAGGAGAUGUACGAGAGGUACGUUCUUGGAUCUUUCAUGGACAGCAACAGGAUCAAGUGGUGUCCUGCAAAAGGAUGCGAGUACGCGAUCCAGCGUCACGAUGAUCAAGAUGGUGAUGAUGCUGACGAGGAGGAGGAGGAGGCUAGUGACUUUGGUGUGGUGUGUUUGUGCGGUCACACGUUCUGUUGGAGGUGCAAGAACGAGUCUCACCGGCCUGUGACGUGCAACAACGCUUCCCUUUGGUUGAACGAGCUUUUGGAUGAAGCGAGAACGUUUGGAUUGAUCGCUACGAAGACCAAACCUUGUCCUCAUUGCCAGAGCCGCGUGGAGAAGGAUAGUGAUAAUUAUCUGAGGAUCGUUACUUGCGUCUGCAGUUACGCCUUCUGUUGGAGGUGCUUGCGACCAGAGGAAGAUCACAGAGGAGGACUAGACUAUUGUUUUGAAGUCUUUGUUCCUCCACCACACGAGGAAGCGGCUCUGCUUCAUCACCUGACGCUCUGGGAGGAGAGUCAUAAGGCGAUGGAGGCAUCUAAAACCGAUCUGAAAGCCAUUGAGAGUCUGGGAGAGCUGGACAUGGGGGCUGUGAGGGAAGCGUGUGCGCUAAUCGUUCAGUGCAGACUUGUGUUGAAAUGGUGCGGUGUGUUUGGUUACUUCAUAACAGAUUACAAUAGCGGUAAGAAGCAGUACUUGGACCACCUUGUGGAGAAAGCUACCGCGAAUCUUCUAAAGCACAAGGAGUGUGUGGAUGAGUUGGUGAGGGGAGCCGACUCGGGUGGAGUUAUGGCUGGCUUCAGGCAUAAGCUGGAGACCUCGACGAAGGCAACUGGUAACUACUUCCAUGUCUUUGUCAAGACCGUUGAAGAUGGUCUGUGCGAUGUGAAGGCUGGUGUGUUCGAGAAUGUGCCUAUGGACUACUGGUUCUGCGACCGUUGUACGUUUCAGAACGACAGUUUUGAGAAGAAGUGUAGGGUCUGCGUUUUCCCUUUCGAAGGUCCUUCUCCUCUUGUGGCUCUUGGCAACAACAACGGUGCUGCGAGUGUUCAUCAGGAACAAGAGCUCCCAAACGUGUCCAGCAAUCCAUUUGCAUCUCCUCAGCAAGAAGCACCAAACACUGUGGCGUUUGGUAACACCAACAACACUGCAAGUGCUAAUAUGUUCAAUAACCCCUUUGCUACUAGUCCAGGAGGAACAAACCUUUUUCAGUCUGCUCAUCCAUUUGCUCUUCCUGCGGCUUUUGGUAACAACAACAGCAUUGGUGCAAGUGUUCAUCAGCAGCAAAUCCCAAACUUGGCUAAUAAUCCAUUUGCUAGUAAUCCAGGAGGAGGAUUUUAUAAUCAUCCAGUGUUUCCUUUUGGUAGCAACAGCAUUGGUGCAAGUGCUUAUCAACCAAACAUGGCGAACAAUCCAUUUGCUGCUUAUGGUAACAACAGUGCUCCUCAUCAUCAGCAAGAACAAGUCCCAACCAUGGCGAACAAUCCAUUUGCUCGUCCAGGAGGAGCAAAUCCGUUUCAGUUUCCUCCAUUUGUGGGUUUCGGUAACAGCAGCAACGGUGCUCAUAAGCAAGAAGCCGUCGUCAAGGAGGAAUCAAACCUCGAAAGUUCGAUGGAGAGCGAGUGAUUGAUGACUCUGCGCUUUCUGGUUUUCUUUUGAAUUCUAUUUUCUUUUGUCUUUUAUAAUAAGUCUUUUGCUUUGUUUCCUUGUUGAAAACGCAAACAAUAUGGUUCAGUUUAUUUUUUCGGAUAAAACUUUUGUU